GCCAAACAGCAGCAGCGGUGAGGUGGCGAGGAGGAAACAGCAACAAAAAUUUACUUCCCUCUAUCGAGAAACUGUUUUCUUCUGGGUUCACUCUGACAGACUUGGAACCCUGAUGAUUGUGUGUAAGAUCACCUGCAGGGGCAUACUGAACUCUCACCUGCGUGCACGUCUGAGAAACCCCUGGAGCAGUCAAAACAUGGCACGACCAAGUUCAGAUCUGGCGGCCUUCAGGGAGAUUUUCUCUAAGGCUAAGCACAUAGCCAUCCUCACUGGAGCAGGGGUGAGUGCUGAGAGUGGAGUCCCUACCUUCAGAGGAGCGGGAGGCUACUGGAGGAAAUGGCAAGCACAGGACCUGGCCACUCCAGAGGCCUUCGCGAGGAAUCCCUCACGUGUCUGGGAAUUCUACCACUAUCGCCGUGAAGUCAUGCUCACAAAAAACCCUAACCCUGCUCACCUAGCUAUCGCCGAGUGUGAAGAGCGGCUAAGCAAACAGGCGCGUAAGGUCACUGUCAUCACUCAGAACAUUGAUGAGCUACACCGCCGCGCAGGAUCCAAAAACAUCUUGGAGAUCCAUGGAAGCUUGUUUAAAACACGGUGUGUGAGCUGUGGUCAUGAAUCAGCCAAUUACAAAAGCCCCAUCUGUGCUGCUUUGGAGGGCAAAGGCGCUCCAGACCCAAAUACAAGUGACGCUGGGAUCCCAGUACAGGACUUGCCCAGGUGCGAGCAGGCGGGCUGUCAUGGUCUCCUCAGGCCAGCUGUGGUGUGGUUUGGAGAGACUCUUGACUCAGACAUCCUAACACGUGUAGAGCAAGAGUUGGAUAACUGUGACCUUUGCCUUGUUGUUGGUACUUCCUCCAUUGUGUAUCCAGCAGCCAUGUUUGCACCUCAAGUAGCAGCCCGAGGCGUCCCUGUGGCUGAGUUCAACAUGGAAGAUACACCGGCCACCAUGCGCUUUAAGUUCCACUUCCAUGGCCCCUGUGGGACCACCUUACCCCCUGCACUGGCGCGCCACGAGACCGAAGGCAAAUGAGAAAAUGUCCUGGGCAUCAGCAUUGACGCCUCCUCAGGGCUUCAGGCAUGUGUCACCUUACAGAGACCAGACUGUCUAACACUGGUGGACUUUAUUUGGAAAAAGUGCCAUACUGAGGAUCUGGGGAUGAAUAUAAAAAGGCACCAUGAAGCAUUACUGGCAUAGGUUUUGCAAAAAGGCAAAUGACCAGAAGAAAAGGGGAGGUCAGCUGCCUCUGCGACAAAAGGAAAACAAUCCAAGCUAAUUGACACAGUUAAGGAAAAUGUCUGUGAAGGUUGUGGAAGAGUUAAUAUGGCUGUCUCAUACAUACACACCUGAGUCAGUGUGUUACAAAAGGAUGCACUCUUCCCCUUGCAGACAUUUCGGCUCGGUGACUUUUAGCUUGAGUAAAUAUUUUUUACUUUUUGCUUUAAAGGAUGAUGUUUGAGUUACGUCAAGCAGAGCAGUUUUUAACACAUCAAAUAUUCAACAUAACUAGUGCUUGCUACAAUGCCAAAUCAAACUUCCCCUCUGCGUUGACUCGUGGCAACAUCAAUUUCUGGUGGUGGUUUUAGGUGUUUUAAAAUUGUGAAACUUUGGCAUUAAUUUAAAUUUGUCAUUGUCAAACUAUCAACAAUGUUCUUUUAAACUCAAGAUGCUGUUGCAAAGGAACAAAAUGAAGUAAUUACCAUGACAUAAAGGUCAUUUACUAAGUAGAUGAAGGUUUUGCAGCUAUAGUGAAUGAAUGUUAGAUGUAUGACAGUAGGGGGCAGUGUUUAGCUGUGUCUUAAGGGCUGUACUCCAUCCUAAAAAGGAAAACCUGCUGUGCACUUACGGAUCUGUGGGCUCUGCCUGGGAUAUCUGGUGUGUGUGAAUGGACUGUUAUUGAACUAUGUGGACGGUGAUCAACAAGUAUCUGUUGAUAAUGUGUGUGCUGCCUUGCAAUAACUUAUACCUCUAAUGGUCAGUUACUGGUCCCACUGGUCAGCAGUGAAAAGAGGUUAUCAGUGUGUGUUCAUGUAAAUGUUUUUUCACGUGUGUCACUCAUUGUAUAUUGUCGAAACAGCAAAUGGAUAUGAAUUGAGUUCUGCUGAAUUAAAUGCAUAUACUUAUAGAUU